AUGCUACCUUUUCUUUUCCCCUCGUUCCCUGCCUGGAGGGGCGUCGCUGCUUCUCAUUAUGCAUCCAUUGUGCCGGUCGGGAAGAAUGUAGGAGAUAUUCGUACGAGCGUGAUUUUGCCGAAGAAAAAAAUGUAUACAACCCUUCACCCAUAUGGUCAACCUCUCUCCUUUUCUAAUACUGGCUUUCACCUACAAGAGGAGCAACUUCCGACCCUCCACCGCGAGAGAAACGGCAGCAAUAACGCUAUGCCGUUGAAGUUUGUUCACCAAACCGACAGACACGGCAGUGAUGUAUCACUGGCGCUGCUUUGCAAACUGAGACACGAAGGCGAUGCCGUCCUUAGGUCAUAUACCGCCAGCGGUAUUAGCAGCAGCGAACAAAGGCACAGACCAUUGAGGUCUCUGCCACAUGCCAGGGAAAUGUUACACAACUAUGAAGUGGCGGCCAUGGAGCCGUCUCGCCUCCCGCUCUUGCCAGCAUGCAGUACAGUCGUCAAUGCAACGACACACAGAGAGGGAGAGCACUCUUGUCCAGGAGCCGGCUCCUUUUCUGAAGAGGUGGAGCCUCCACCACUAUUGCGACCACUGCAGGUGACCACCGUGAUUCAGUGGCUGUUCAUCAAGCAUGGGGAGUUUCUAUUGAUGCUCACACCACGGUGCUGUGCCCCUGGUGCCUGUGGUAGCCGUUCAAAGCUGCUUCAGCGGGCGCUUGCGGGUAGUACCAUUAGAACAACUUGGCAUGACGCCCUCUCCGUAUUUCAUUGUGCGUCUCGGGCGGUCACUUUGCCCCCCGCUGCAGAGCUUCUUGUCGACGAACCGACCCUACCUUCAGCCAUUCAAUUGGUGAAGCCGCAGUGGUCCGCUCCACAUUCCGCUGAUGAGGCUGCCGCUAUUCUUGAUGGGCCCAUUAUCCCACACACUAGCCUGCUGAGUAGUGGUAAUGGGCGGUCACGACUUCAAUCUUCGAUGCGGCGGUGUCUGCUACUCGAGAGUGUGAUAGAAGCAACUCGGUUAGGAUCGACUGUGACGUCUCUACAGUGCCACAUCAAGGAAGUUGCCUUGCACGGUGGGUCGAAUUGUCAAAGGACGGGAGUCGCGGAUCCGCAGUUUCCACAGCAGCCUCCUUUGAGGGUGGGAAAUGAAGUCGAGGUGCUUUUUGGAGUGAAAGAUGUGGGGACCGGGGGAAAGGAGCUCCAACGCAUAGUUGUGCCCUACACCACGCAUGACCGCGAUUGUGAUCCAGCCUUCUCACAUGACAGACGAAAUUAUCGGCGUCGCAGGCACGCAAAGCGUGGUGGUGCGUUGAGGCGGGCAUCCGAGCAGUGGGUAGUGCCAGCCAUAUCGCAGAAUGCGGAGCUCAAGCUUCCUGACGGAAAGCAACUGCGUCGCACACUCACACUUCGUAACAUUGCAGCCGAAAACCUCAGAGGGAGAACAACCUCUGUAAUGAACGAGCUGAGGGAGCUUAAGGACAACCAAUCGUUUUGUGAUGGGACUUUCCCUAACGGCGGUAAAAAACGCCCCCUUCGUCACCGCUACUUCCCAGGUUUGUGGCUGUUCGUGGGGACGUCCGCUGCUCAGCUGUGCUCUGAGCUUGCGGCCAGCUCGGUAUCACGUGGGAUUUCACACCCCCUGAAGGGGCUGCCACCGGUGGGACGGAUUACUGACUGUGAUGAGCAGGUGGGGAAUAAAUUCCGGUGUUGGCAUUCACUGGGAGAGCGGCCACUAUCGCCAUGGAGCGAAGCGGGUGCCAGCACGAACACUGUGCCUGACUUUAGUGAAUUGUGGAUACCACUUGCUGUGGCUGUGGGUUCCGAUGGUAAUUGCGAAGCGGGCAGCGAUUCUAAAAGAGGUCGCGUCCCUCUGAAUAUCUGCAGCAGCGGUAAGGGCGCUAGCUAUGACGUCAAUGCUGACAAGAGCAACAUUUACUGUUACUUGGAUUGUUGUAGCGCAGAAGAGGUAAGAAUGUUUCCCCCACGGGUCUUCUCGCGUUGGGAGGAACUACAAUGCUUCAAGGUCUUGAGCGAUGGAUGCUUAGGCCAACAGCCUCCACGUCUUGUAAUCCACGAGAUGAACAAUGAAGGGAGACAAGAUGUGAUCGAAAAGUGGUACAACGCAGCCUACGAGCACGACGUGUGUACAAUGCCGCUUCCCUACCGCGGUGCUGCUACUGUUGCCGAUGACGCCAAACUUCAUUAUUGUUAUCGCCUCGCACUCCAUCGGGAGAGACGCCGGCUUGGGUUUGACGCCGUCUAG